GAUUCUUUGGCGCUCGCACAGAGGCAGAUAAGCUUCACGAGGCUUCUGCGCGUUUUCGAAAAUGGGCAGCCAGCAAUCGUUUGGAGUACUUGGUGCUGCGGCAUGUGGGCGAGAAUGCUGUUGCGUUCAAGAUUAACCCUCGGUUCUUUCACACAUACGUGGACGAGGUACUGCGG